AUGCCUGCGGUAUCAUCGGGCAGGAUCACAAAAGCCCGCAAGGGCAAGAACCUGACUCCCCAUCAGAAGAACCACCGAUGGGAGUCCUUCAGCACCAAGAUUGGCAAGCUGCACAGUCUCGAUCCCCUCCGAAAAGUGCGACGACACGACCUCGAAACCGAAGACCUCGAGAGCACUACAUCCUACUUUCGUACCGGCAUCGAGCGAUGGAAUGAACUCAACAUUGCCAAGGACUUCAUCUCUUUCAAGCGAGAGACUCUGUCCCUCACAGAAACACUGGCCUCGAUCCUGCAUCACGAGGACAGGAUCUUUGCUUCGCUGUCCCACUACAUUUCCAACCAGGAGAAGGAGUCCUUGGAGCCUCUUCUGGACCUCCUGACGGCGUUCGCCCACGAUCUCGGAACCCGCUUCGAGAAGUACUAUGCCCGAUCGCUAGACCUCAUCGUUGCCAUUGCCGGCAAGCCACAGCCUGUGGAGGUUGUCGAAUUCACAUUCGCUGCCCUCGCAUUCCUUUUCAAAUACCUCUCACGCUUAAUCGUCCCUGACAUCCGACCUACCUACAACGUUCUUGCACCCCUCUUCGGCAAGACCCGACACCCGCCCUACAUUGCCCGGUUCGCCGCCGAGGCCACCAGCUUCCUCAUCAAGAAGGCCGCGGCGCCCGCGAAUCGAGAGACGGCCCUGGUCGACAUUAUUCAACAUGCUCGAGACGAUCUGCUCAGCAUGUCGGGUGAAAGGCAAUUUCAGUUGUAUCAAGACGGCAUCAUGACCAUGUUUGCCGAGGCCAUCAAGGGCACCGGCCAGACAAUGCACUCGACUGGUCCCGUCAUCUUCAAGGCCCUCCUCCGUGCCGUGCCCGAGUACGAGCUCAACCUGGCGCAAAACACACCCUGGACCGAUGUCAUCUGUGGCGUUCUCACCAGUGUCAUUCAUCACACAACCCCCGACACGUUCCCACCCAUGCUCGAGGCCAUCCAGGCCGAGGCGGAAUACGCGCUGGAGCAAAAGGUCCAGGAUCAGCCCUGGAGGUUUGUGCCACUGAUCAGGAUCAUCGCAACCGCCGCGGGCGUGCGCAGUGGAGAGCGAGUCAACAACUGGUCAACCCUCGUGCGGACUCUUGUCACAAUGCUCGACCUGACUGCCAAGCGUGGACCCGAGAUUUCUCCUGCUGACAGUAGUCUCGUGUGGAAGCACGUGGUCGCCAAUGCUGCCGUGGUCUGGCACGCCGCUCCGAUGGAUGCCCUCUUCUCGCAGAUUAAUGAUUUCAUGAACGCGAUGCAGAGGGACCCCUUGAUGCGGUGGUUCAUCCCAUUCUGCGCCUACUUUUCAGAGUUGGAUCCCCAGCGAUUCCGCAGCUUGUUUCGCGAUCCUUUCAAGAAGUUCAUCAACAGCCACUGGUCUGAUGGACACAAUGAUGACGAACUGUGCAUCUUCCUACCGAAGAUGGUCAAGGCGCACAGCUUGCCGGCCCCUGGCGAUAAGGAAACCCUCAUGUUGCCCCAGACAUGGGAGGGCCAGAUUGUGGAAAAGUUCGAGCGUCUGGAGGCCUCGCCCUUUCCUGAACGUGGAACUUAUGACAAGGACCCGCAGACGUGGAGAGACAGGUGUCUUCCGAAAUACUCGAUACUGUUGGAUCUUCUUGACAGCACCACCGUCCGCCCUUUCGCCACGGCUAAGCUAGCCGAUCUGCUCCUCCGAAAGCUCAAGCUCGCGCUGAGGCCUACAUCGACUCUGGCGUCCGACGAAGUCCACUUCAGUGUCAGCCAGGGUUUCCUCGCGUACCUUCGCAUGUGCAAGGUGGCUGGUCCCGUGGAUCCUGGCCUAAAACCCCUGCUUCGAGCAGCGCUGCCAAGGUUUAGCAAAUCCAUCGGGUUCCUCGAGGCCUAUCUUGCCUACCAGCAAGCUACCAAAGACCAGCCGUCGACCGAGCGCCGAGACAGCAGCAGCAGCAGUGAGGGUUCAGGAACAGAAACGAACCCGGUCGUCAAAGCGCUCAUCGAGAACCUGUCAUCGCCAUCUCAUGACCUACGACUCGCCACCUUGAGGAUCCUCGGGCAGCUCGAUUCGACUCCCGAUGAGCUCUGCUGCCUGGAGGUCAUGACCGACAUCGAAAGCUCCCCCCUUGAGCUAGCGACCCUCCGAAAUCUCGCCAUGUACAUCCGCAAACUCGGCCAGACCUAUGCUUCACUAACCGAGGGCUCGUGGCUCCGCCAAGCUAUCCCAUCCUUCAUGUUUGGCAUGAUGAGUCUCAAGCUCACACCGCUCUGGAACGAUGCGACAUCCGCCAUGAAGCAGAUUGGGGAGACCAAGGAAGGCGAAGAGGCACUCCUUGCUCUUGCCCUUGACUGGCUCGACGUGCCUUCCACAAGAGGUUCAGGUCCAGGUGGCCCCCCCGCGGCCCAUCGUCGCGCUGCGCUCACCGACUUUGACUGUACCAACCUGCAGCAUCUCGUAAGCCAAGCCGACGAGAUUCAUCAGACGGCGGAGAAUGCCCUUGAUCUCAUGCUCGAGUCCUUUGAUAAGCAACAACAAACUGUCGACACGCGCCCGGCAAAUGCCCGUUCUCAGGCGCUGAAAGUCCUUGCCGCCAUGCCUGCCCUUGCUGAGAAGCGCUCUCGCAAGCUGGUGCCGUAUUUCCUGUCGUGGGCCGCCGAGCCCGAAGUCUCCAGCGACAAUCAAGCCUCUUCCGAAGAGGAGGACAACGAGCAUGCCUCCGGUGCCGAAACGUGGUCUUUCUACGACCGCAAGGGCAUGCUCGGCGUUUUCGAUCAGUUCAUCAACCCGCGGUCCCUCUAUGAGAGCGAGAAGGUGUACCGGGCGCUGCUUCAUCUGAUGGAGAACGGUGAUAUAGAGGUGCAAAAGUCAGCUCUCAAGGCCAUUCUUGCAUGGAAGCAAGCAGGUGUCCGCGCCUACCAGGAGAACCUCGAGUAUCUCUUGGACGAGGCAAGAUUCAAGAACGAGCUGACUGUUCUCAUGCAAGGCGAGCAGUCGAUCAAGACUGAGCAUCGAGCUGAGUUGAUGCCUGUCCUCCUGAGGCUGCUUUACGGCAGGACAAUUUCUAAGAAGGGCGCCGCAAGUGGUCGGCACGGCUUACAGGCCACACGUCUCGCGGUGUUGAGAAACUUAUCUCCUGAAGACUUGGGUGGUUUCUUAAACAUUGCCGUCGGCAAGUUGAAGGGGGUUUCUGUCAUUGAUGAGUCUGGUCUCCGUGACAAUGUCCUCGAUGGAGAGAUCAUGCCGCCGCGGAAGCAAGUCGGUUUCCUCAACAUGAUGCUCCCCUUCAUCAACGAACUCGGAACCGAUGUUGAACCCUACAUCGAAACGAUUCUUAACGCCGUUCUCUACUGCCUCAUCAAUGCCUGCCGCAAGCUGCAUGACUUGGCUGCCGAGGUUGAGACCGAAUCGGACGAGGAAGACAAGGAGGCCACGCAUGAGUCGCUCCUCAAGGUUGUUCGCACUACCGGCCUCAAGUGCCUCAUCUCCCUCUUCCGCAAUGCGCCCGAAUACGCUUGGGAUCGUUACUCCGAGCCCAUUGUUGCCGAGAUCGUUACACCCAGAGUCGCGAAUCUUCCGCUUGAAAACACUCAAGGUGUUUCUGGACUUCUGCAACUUCUCUCCAUCUGGUCUCAGCUUCCCAAGUCGGCUCUCUUCCUCGGAAUCAACAAGGACAUCCUGGCCAAGAUCAUCGAGUGCGUCUCGGUUGCAAAGAGCAAAGACGAGGUCAAGGUCUUCUGUCUGGGCAUUGUCCGUAACCUCAUCAAGCUUUCCAAAGCCUCGCCCACCGAGUCGGAGUUCAACGAGCUCAUCUACGUAGAACUGCUCGGCCCCAACGUUGACUUCCUGCUGAAGCACAUUACUGUUGCUUUGAAAGCAGAGACGACCGGCGGUGCCCUUCUCGACGCAUGCCUCGAAACUGUCGUUGAGAUCUCGCCUCUCGUGGAAACAUCGGAGAACGUCCACGAGGUCUUGCAAAUCUCAAUCUUCCUCCUCAACCAGCCCGCCAGAAAGGUCAACCCUCGAGCCAAGGGUCAAAUUCUGCUCAUCUUGGAGCAAUUCGUGACGCUGCACGAAGCCAACGGCGUCGAUCUCGGACCCACAAGCGAUCUCUUCACAACCAUCUUUGAGACUGUGUCUGCGCUGUUCAGCUACUUCAAAGACAAGGAAAACAGGGAAUCCCUAUGCCGACUCCUCAUCAUCUUGUCCAAACAGGACACCGCCCUCGACGAGGUGGCUGGCAUUUGCAGUGCCAUCAACGCCUUUGUGCCCGAGCGAAUCGAGGAGCCCGACUACGACCAGCGCCUGCAGGGGUUCAACCAAGUGUCUGGCAAGACCGACGCGUUCAACGCCAGGCAAUGGCUUCCUCUGCUUCACAACCUCGUGUACUUCAUUCGAGAAGACGAAGAAUUCGGCAUCUUGACUUCCAACUCGGCCGACGGACUACGAACCUUCAUCCAGGAAGUGGCCUCGACAGAAGACGUUGUGCCGAGGGAAGCAUUCUACUCUCACAUGUCCAAGAUUGUCCUGCCAGCACUGUACUCCGGCGCCCGCGAGUCUUCUUCAACUGUUAGGCGAGAGACUCUGCGUGUCUUUGGCUUCCUUGUUUCACAGAUGCCGACAUGGGAGUCGGUUGCUGACCUCAAGGGUCUUCUGAACGAGGACGACGAGGAACCUUCCGAGCCAGCUUUCUUCUUCAACAUCCUGAGUCCCGCCACAUCGCGACAGAUGGAGGCUCUCGAGAUCCUAGUCGCUGCCAACGAAGCCCACGAGUUCAGCAGUCAAAACCUUUACCACUUCUUCAUCCCGAUUCUGGAGCACUUCAUCUUUGGUCGAGCCGAAGGUGCCGAUGAUCACGGCCUCGGAGCCCAGGCUUCGCUCACAAUCGGCACUCUCGUUGCGUCUCUCGACUGGAAGCACUACCGCGUUGUGCUGCAGCGAUACAUAGGCUUUGUCGAAUCGAAGCCUGAGCAGCAGAAGCACAGCAUCCGUCUCCUCGCCAAGGUUGCCGAUGCUCUAGUACUUGCUUCGGCGACAAGGGAUGGAGAAGCAAUGCAAGUUGAUGACGCGGAGAGCAAAGCCGCUCAGAAGCGUCUUGCUCUCACUAUGCCUCGCGAGAACCUUGCCAAGGAUUUGACCAACAACUUCUUGCCGUCUCUGAUCAAGUACCUUCACCAGAAAGACGACUCGGAAGUCAGUUAUCGUGUACCUGUCGGUAUCAUUAUCGUCAAGCUCAUGAAGCUCCUGCCUCAACAGCAGAUGAGCCAACGGUUGGCUGGUGUCCUCACCGACAUCUGCCACAUUCUGCGAAGCAAGAACUGGGAAUCUCGAGACUUGGCCCGCGACACGUUGGUCGAGAUUGCGAGCAUCCUUGGUGCCCCAUACUUUGGUUUCAUUCUGAAGGAACUGCGCGGCGCGCUGAAGCGAGGCUACCAGCUGCACGUUCUGUCCUACACCAUGCAUUCCAUGCUCCUGAAGGUCAUCCCCGAAUUCGAGCAGGGCGACAUUGACUACUGUCUUCCGUCGAUUGUCACGGUUAUCAUUGAUGAUAUCUUUGGUGUUACAGGUCAGGAGAAGGACGCAGAGGGCUACAUCAGCCAGCUGAAGGAAGUCAAGGCCAGCAAGAGUCAAGAUUCGAUGGAGCUCAUUGCCAAGACUGCGUCCGUGAGCCGCCUGACGGACCUCAUCCACCCUCUCCGAUCGCUCCUAUUGCAAAAGGUCAACCUCAAGAUGGUCCGCAAGAUCGACAGUCUCCUGAUGCGCGUCACGACUGGCCUUCUCCAGAACCCCGCCGCCGAAAGCCGCGACACGCUCGUGUUCUGCUACGAAGUUGUGCAGGAUGUCUACAAGAGCCAGAAGCCCGAGGCCGAAGCCAAGAUUGACCCGAGGCUCAAGAAAUACCUGUACCAGAAGGGUGUCAGGAAGAGCGACCGGGAGGCCAACACCAAGCACACGUACAAACUCGUCAAAUUUGCGCUUGACAUUCUUCGCGCCGUCUGGAAGAAGUACGAUAGCCUGCGUAACGAAACGAACAUUAGUGGUUUCGUGCCGAUUCUUGGUGACGCGGUCGUCGUGGGUGAGGAUGAUGUCAAGAUUGCCGCGUUCAAGCUGCUCAAUGCCCUGUCCAAGGUGCCGUUCAGCACGGAUGAGGCUACUGGUCUUUACAAGGUCGCAACAAAGGAGGCUACAAAAGCCAUCUCACUCUCGCCGACGACAACCUCUGAGCUCUCCCAGUCGGCGCUGAAGCUGUUGUCCGUGGUGCUCCGGGACCGACGCGAUGUCGUGGUCAAGGACGCUGCUGUUGACAUGCUUCUGAGCAAGGUCAAGGAGGACCUCACGGAGCCUUUGUACCGCCACAUCACGUUCAACUUCCUGCGGUCUGUCCUCGACCGCAAGAUUGAGACCGCAAACGUCUAUGACACUCUAGACCAUGUCGGUACGGUCAUGAUCACCAACGACGACAAGGACACCCGUGACCUGGCACGGGGCGCCUUCUUCCAGUUCCUACGGGACUGCGAGCUGUCAAGGAGAUCUUCCGCGCGCGACAAGAAGCGCAUGCGCAACUUCCUGACGCUUCUCCGUUCCUGGCUCGAGCAGGACGACAACCCAGCCGUCUUGAGUCUCGCUAUUCAGGCGUUUGGUUUCUUCUUCGAAGCCAGGGAGCCGUCUGAGAAGGACAAGAAGGAGCUCAAGCUCGUCGUCGAAAAGGUCGCCGGUAUCGUGGGUGACGGAGACAUCCGUGUGGCGCCCGAGGACCUGGUCAACAAUGCGCUACACGUCGCGCAGGUCCUGUCCCAGACAUACCCAGAGGAGAUUCUCUCGGCCGACUCAGCCGAACUAUGGGCUGAUCUCCGUGGCUGCAUGGCGCACCCCGAACCGUCGGUCAAGCUGAGCGCUGUCAAACUUCUCAGCUCGUUCCUCACAGACUUUGCCGGCGAGGCAGCAGAGGCAGGCGAGGCGCUCAAGGGCUCGUACGGCAUGGAGCUCGAGAGCGACGACGUCGAGGAUCUCGUCAGCUUGGCGCUCGGCACGCUGCGGGCGCCCGAGAUCGAAGAGGCCUUCGCCAACGAGGUGACGCAGAUCCUCAUCUUCCUCGGUCCCCGUCUCCAAGCGCGGACGCGCGACGAGGGCCCGACGGCCGAGGCGCUGGCGGAAGGUGAUGAGGAAGAGGCCGAGGACUCGCGGCUCGAGCAGCGCGGCAAGGACCUGCAGUACCUCUUCUGGAAGCUGUCAUCGAUCCUGCGGCAGGACGUCAAGUCGACGUCGAUGGGCAUGGUGCCCAAGGUGGUGGCGAUGGAGGUGCUCGAGACGGUGUGCCGACGGGUGCCGGACGAGAACCUGGCGCCGUCGCUCAAGACGAUCCUGUUCCCGCUGCAGGCCAUCACGGACCCGCACGCAUCGACGCCGUUUUCGCUCGACGAGGGCUUCAAGACCAAACACGACGCCCUCAAGACGCGCGCCCAGAUCCUCAUGGACGCGCUGCAGAAGAAAUUUGGCACGGCCGAGUACACCAAACAGCUCCUCGCCAUCCGCGAGGAGGUCAAGGCGCGCAGGCAGGCGCGCUCGAGCAAGCGCAAGAUCGAGGCCGUGGCGCACCCGGAGAAGUACAGCCGCGACAAGAGGAAGAAGACGGAGAAGAAGAAGAUGCGGAACAAGGUCAAGGGACAGGAGUUCAAGGCAUACCGGCAGGCGUACAAGUCGUGGUGA